AUGUCGCUGAUAUUACGGCGGCCAGGCCGAUUAUUCAAUUCGAUAGCUGUGCGAUGGAGCAACAAUGACGGCCGAAAAGGGGCCGGUGAGAAAAAAACGCCGCUAGAAGGCGAUGAAGUGCUCGUUCCAGUGGAACCUUAUCGCAGUGAUGUGAGUAGCGGCAAUUAUUUUUUUAAAUGUAAAAAAAGGAUUUUUCAUUUUUGAAAUAUGAAAAAAAUUUACAUGAAAAAGCCAUAAAAAAAUCGAAGUUGUCAAAAAUUUUGAAAUCGCGAAAGGUGUGGCUUAUUUUCAAAAUGACCUUAAAAAAUUCACUUUUCAGCAUUUUUUUUUUUCUCAGCGGAGUAGAUUUUUUUCUAGUUCUCAGAGAACUUUGGUUCUUUAGAUUCGAAAAAAACAUCAACCCAUUUUUCUGUAAACCCUCUUUUUCUGCACACUCUGACCACUUGAGUGCCCAUUUCCAGGGGAAUUAAAAUCGAAUAUAAAAAACUGUCAUUCGCCGCAAUAAAAAGAAAAAAAUUCAAUGUUUUAUCUGUUUUCGAAAAUACGCCAGAAGUUAUUCCUAAGGCUUUCACAAAUAUAUUCAAUCCUGUUUUCCGAGUCUUUUAUUACAAACUAUCUCUUUGGCCCGUUGAGUGCCCUUUUUUGGAAAUCAACUUGAAAAAAAGUAUAUUUUUGAAUUUCUUUUAAAAAAUCUCCAGAGGGCUCUCUUCCAAUAAACAGCCCUUCAGAGUUUUACAAAAAAAGGUCAUUCAACUUUAAAAUUGCGGUUCUCCUGAAAAUUAGACCGAAACUUUCAAACAAAAGAUUUAAAAUCUCAAUCUGUACACACUUGUCAGGGGAUAAUCUGACAAAUUUUCAGAAAAUUACCCAUCGCAAAGUAAAAUGACUUCCUUGUAGGAAAUAGAAAAACUAUUUCUUCUAUUCUAGGUUUUCGAAAAUACGCCCGAAGAUAUGCCUCAAUUCGACCAGAAGCUCAUUUCGCAGCUUGAAAGGCUUUCUUUGGUUAGGUAGUUUUCUGAUUUAUAAGCUGAUUUUUCAUCGAUUCUAUAGAUUCGAUUCGGAGCAAGCUGUAGCGAAUCUACGACAAACUGUUAGGAUCGCCAAUCGAUUGAAAGAAAUUGAUGUUGAGGUGAUUUUAUAGAAAAUUUUUCCGACUUGAAGGGUGGCGCGUUGCGUACGCGUCGCGGUUUGUCGGCGGGAACUUGAAAUUCUAGCGCAACCAUGGGAAAAAAAUUUUUCAAGUGUUUUUUCACUAAUAUCCGUUCAACUGAAUGUUCUCAAAUCCAUAAAAAAAUGAAAGCUAUUGAAAAACAGUCAAAAAAAAAGUUGGGUCGCGUUUGAACUCGAGUUUCCCGCCAAAAAGCCGCGUCGCGUACGCAGCGCGUCACCCUUGCCAAUCUUGCUUUUUGAGUCGGGAAAGAUUGACGAUGGAAAAAAAAACUUGGGUGAAAAAAUCAAUUUUUAUUUUAGGGAGUCGAACCAAUGCACUCGGUUUGGGAAGAACAAGAAUGUCCCGUUUUCGAAGAUAUCGCGGAAAAACCCUUGCCCGUUGAGGAGGUUUUAUUUCAAAUCAUAUCUAAUCUCAGAUAGAAAAAAGCGGGCUUUAGAAAAUAUGAAAAAAAAAUUUCGAAAAUCUCGGACGCGCCCCGCACGUUUUCUGAGCCAUUCUAGGAAUCCCUUAAGAGUACUGACGCCGCUAAAGUGACCACUAGAAAUAUUUCCGAGAACGUUGAAGUUAAUUCUUUCUCAUUUGACAUUGGAACAAGAAAAACCUGAUUCCAAUCAAAUUAAGGUACUUCGAAACGCAAAAGUCCGCUACGAAGAGUACUUCGUGACGCCGCCCGGCAACGUCCCCCUGGAAUCAAACGCCCCUUUGGACCUGGAAAAGAUCAAUCAGUGGGACACCCGAGGCCAGAACAUCGCUCCGCAACACAAGAAAACCAAAAGGACCAAGCAAUAA